AUGAGAGGGACAAACAAAUCAGUGUCUGAGUUCCUCCUCCUGGGACUGUCCAGGCAGCCCCAGCAUCAGUGGCUCCUCUUCAUGAUAUUCCUGAGCAUAUACCUGGCCACCAUCCUGGGAAACCUGCUCAUCAUCCUGGCCAUCAGCACAGAUGUCCAUCUGCAUACCUCCAUGUACUUCUUCCUCAGCAACCUGUCCUUUGUGGACAUCUGCUUCUCCUCCACCACCAUCCCCAGGAUGCUGGCCAAUCAUGUACUUGGGAGUCACACCAUCUCCUUCCCUGGGUGUCUCACGCAAAAACAUUUUGUUUUCAUGUUUAUGGAUAUGGACAAUUUCCUCCUAGCUGUGAUGGUAUAUGACUGCUUUGUUGCUGUGUGCCACUCCUUACAUUAAACAGCAAAGAUGACCCAUCAGCUCUGUGUCCUGCUAGUGGCUGGAUUGUGGCUGGUUGCCGACCUGAAUGUCCUGCUGCACAUCCUGCUGAAGACUCGACUCUCAUUCUGUGCAGACAAUGCCAUUCCCCACUUCUGUGAUGUGACUCCCCUCCUGAAGCUCUCCUGCUUGGACAUGCACCUCAAUGAGAUGACGAUUCUCACUGAGGGUGCCCUGAUCAUGAUCACCUCAUUUCUCUGCAUCCUGGUUUCCUAUAUGUGUAUCACCUGUGCUGUCCUGAGGAUCCCAUCCCCAAGGGGAAGAUGGAGAGCAUUUUCCAACUGUGGCUCCCACCUGGCCAUGGUUUUCCUCGUCUAUGGCUCCAUCCCAUCUCUGUAUUUCAACCCUGCAUCUUCCCACUCAGCCAAGAAAGACACUGCAGCUAUGGUGUCAUACACAGCGGUAACUCCCAUGCUAAACCCUUUCAUCUACAACCGGAGGAACAGGGACUUGAAAGGGACUCUGAGAAAAGUGAUUGGCAGAAUUAUGUUUCUGUCUGAUGAGAGAAUCAAGAAUAAAUCUCACUCCCAGGCUAAUUUGUUUUUUUCCAAUUGA